UGCUGAAAGUCUGCAACAGCCUCAACAACCCAGUGUGUGUGUGUGCAGCCUGCAUAGCUUGCUGGCGGACUGUCACCUUCUUCUCCACUUGAUACUUCCACUACUUUGCAUGAGAUAAGCCUACUUACUAAUCGUUCUCCCGGCCGUGAACGCGCGUAAGUGUUUCGGUGUGGCCGUGUUACGUUUCUAGUACGUUUCUAGUGUGACUAGAGAAGUGAAGAAAUCUUCGGGAGUGGAUUGUAGAAAACUUUACUAUCACUAUGCGAGCGAUUAACCUCGAUACCUAUAGCCUGUCACUGCUCACGGCCAAAGAGGACAUUCUCAACCCCCGCUCAUCAACCAACUGGGCUCUAUUCACCUACGAUGGGGCCACCAACAACCUCAAACUGACUGACUCUGGAGCAGGUGGAGUGGUGGAGUUGUCAGGGAAGUUCCACAUAGCCAGGCCUCUGUAUGGGCUCUGCAGGGUGGGCUCAGCCGAGACAGGAAGCCCUCGGGUUGCCAUGAUCUGCUGGGUCGGGCCAAACGUGGAUGAGUACCGCAGGACGGAAUGUGCCAGUCAUGUGCCCGCUAUCAAGGCCUUCUUCAAGGAGGCUCAUGUGUUUAUCAGUGCUGAGAGUACUGAGGAUGUCACAGAGGAGAAGAUAGGCGCUGAGCUCAGUAAAGUCCACCCCCAGAGUGAACAAGUCAGAAGAAGCAGUCGGUACAAGGACAAGGAGGAGACAGUGGGCACUAACUACAGGAAGACUAAUGCUGCCAUGGAGAUGAGACGGGCCAACAGAGACUCCUUCUGGGCACGUGCAGAGCGUGAGGAGGAAGAGAGGAAGGAGGAAGAGAGGAAGAGAGCAGCAGAGGACAGACGGCGUUUGGAGAAAGAGAGAGUGCUGAAGGAACGGAAAGAGGCCGACGAGAGGGAGAGGAAAAUGAACGAGAAACUACAGAUGAUCGAAGAGCAGAGGAGAAUGCAGGCCCAGCUGGAGGCAGAAGUGAGGAAGCAGGAGAAAUCAAGAUGGGAGCUGCAGCAGAGAGAGCAUGAGGAGGACAUGAGAGCUCGCUUGAGACGCAGCGAGUCCAUCGAGAAAGCAGCAGAGGCAGCAGUGCUGGUGUCACAGCGCUCCAUGAACCCCAGAGAGUUCUUCAGACAGCUGUCGUCAUCAUCGUCCCAAAGCCCAUCCAGCCCCGGCUCCCCCCGUACAGGCAAACCUCCAUUAAGGCGGUACCAGCGCAGCCUGACCGACACAGCAUUCAUCUUUGGGAAAUGGGACGGUCCAACCCCGACCUCCCCCCGCAGUCCAACAUUGGUUUCACCCUUCUCCCGCGUCCCAUCCUCCCCCUUCCACCGCACCAUGUCUCCACCCAGCACCAGCUUCCGCCCAAUCACCUCUCCCCAGAGCCACCGCGCCCCCCUGGUGUCCCCUCCCACAUCGCCCCUCCACUCCGCCCAUGCUGUCUCAGCCCUGCCUACCCUCCCAUCAACCAGCCCCCAGUCUCAGCCCCCAACCCAGCCCUCUGCCCCCCCAGCCUCUCCAAGCCUCCUAGCCACCCUGUCCCUCACCUCCCCAGAGAACCAGCACCAGGCUCAGGUCCUGGCCCCAUCUCCCCCAGAUACCCCUCCCCUGUCCCAGCCUGAGUGCUCCCCCUCUCCACUAGUCUCCCUGGAGCCUACCCCAGCACCACAACCUCCCACUGUCCCCCUGCCAGAGAGUCCACUGCAGCCAACAGAGCAGUACACAGCCGUACAAGCCGUACUGGUGGAGGAAGAGGAAGAUGAGGAAGAACAGGCAGAGCCUGAGCCCAGUGUUGAGAAUACAGAGCCAAGCCUAAACAUGGAGGAGGGAGAGGAGGGCUCAGCACAGGAUUCAGACUCUUUAUCAGUGCAGGAGCCUGAGGCAGAGGAACAAGAGAAGGACCAAUCAGACUACAGCCAGGCCUCUGCUAAACCAGUUCUGGUUGCGCUUUCAGAAGAGGAGGAGGAGCCAGCUGUCACAGAUGCAGAGGUUAUUCUUCAGCCAAUCACACAAGAGGUUGUGGUCCCAUCCACCAAUGGGGUGAGAGACGAGGAGGAGUUGGUGGAACACAAUGGUACAGAACGAUCCAUGAGUCCACCUGAAAGGGACCAAGGUACUCCAGAGUUGGCUGUUUGUUUCGAUGAUGAAGUUGAGGAGGACUUUGUUGAAGAGAAUGAGGACCAGGAGAUUUCAGAGAAUGGAAAAGAGAUUUCACCAGACAGACAGAUGUGUGUUCGAGCUCUCUAUGACUACCAAGCAGAGGACGAAUCAGAGAUCUCCUUUGAGCCAGGUGACAUCAUAAGUGCUGUGGAAACGGUGGACAAGGCCUGGUGGCGGGGCUUCAGUAAAGAUGGACGCCUGGGACUCUUCCCAGCCAAUUACGUGGAGACCAUCUAGACACACACACACCACACAGACACACACACACUCAGGGACUGAACACUCAUUCCCCUACAGUGAAACCACCAUAGGCUACAUACAUACAGUAGACCCCUUAACUUCAAUAGACACAUUGGACAACUUCCAUUGGAUUCCAUGCGAUAAUUUGAUCCCCUUCCAACUUGGCUAUGUUGUUGGGGAAGCCAGUGUCUCCUGUUCUAACCACUUGCAGACUCCUAGCUGGCAGAAACACACAGUUGUGAACUACCAAGAUCCCCCCUUCCUUCACUCCACCUGAAGGAGGACUGGGAAAGAGAGGGACCUCCAGAUGGGAUGUCUGCAGGCUCAAUGACUCCCUCUUAUUAAAACCUACUAUUUUUAUGAUUGUUGUUACUAUUAGCAUACUGUCUGUGUGGAUGUGUUAUUUCCUUGGUACAUUUAACAGUGUUUUCCAUGUUACUGAACUGAAAAGUAAGGGACCGUUUUUCUUGUUUCUGUAUUGGUGUUAUUUUAUGUGUGCAUAAUCUGUGUUUUAUCUACACCUUUUUUAAAUCCAAGCAGCAUGGUAUUCCUACAUCUGAUACUAAUUGAUAGCAUUGUGCUAAUUUCACCGUAAAUGACAAAUGCUACUUGUAAAUCAAACAGUCUCUUUGAAGUGAGAGCUUUUUAAAGUCAUUAAGUCUUAAUACACUUCUCUUGUAUAUAAGAAUGUAUAGUGACAUGCAUUUGGUUUCUUUUGCUUUGUCAUUCUACAAGUGUGUAUGCUUUGUAUUCCCUGCAUUUACUCCACAUUUACAAAUAGUAGCCUAUACCAUUUACAUACUCAUAAUACUCUUAAACUCCAUCUUAUAUAUAUAUUACAGGUCUCAUUUGUUUUUGUUCCUAUAUUAAAAGACAAAUACUA